GAUCUAAUUAAAGCAGCUUAAGUGAUGACGUGGAGUCAGAUAUGUAGUUUUAUCGGCUGUCCACUUGGAUUACUUUAUAUUUUAAACAUUUUCCUGUCUCACAAGAAAAGGAAAAACUUAAAGGGAAAAGUUGUUCUAAUAACAGGAGCCAACUCAGGAUUAGGAAAAGCAUGUGUUUCUGCAUUUCAUCAAGCUGGGUGUAAGGUUAUCAUGGCAGGGAGAAAUCAGGAGCAGUUAAAUCAAGUGAGAGAGGAAGUUAUUCAGAAGCAGAUGCCAGACACAUUUUCACCGGAAAUUCUCAUCAUGGAUUUGAUGGACUACAAAAAUAUGAAAGAACAUAUUUCUAAGGGAUUGAAAUUAUUUGGACAGAUAGAUAUUUUGAUAAACAAUGCAGGGAUCAGCUACAGAGGGGAGAUAACCAGUACUCAGAUACAGGUGGAUGAAAGAGUGAUGGCUGUUAAUUAUUUUGGUCAAAUUGCUUUAAUUAAAGAGGUUUUACCUCAUAUGAAACAACAAGGAGGUGGAUCUAUUGUUGGUGUGAGCAGUGUUCAAGGAAGGAUUGCCAUUCCAUUCAGAUCAGCAUAUGCAGCCUCCAAGCAUGCUUUCCAGGCUUUUUUGGACACCCUGAGAGCUGAGGUGAGCAGUGACAAUAUCCAGGUGUGUGUUGUCAGUCCUGGGUACAUUCAGACCAAUCUAUCCCAGAAUGCAGUUUGCGGUGAUGGAUCAUCAUACAACAAAAUGGACAGUACUACAGCCAGUGGAAUGGACCCAGAGAAAGUUGCUUAUAGGAUACGACAAGCAGUGGAAUUCGGAGAAAAUGACAUUGUGUUAGCUCCUUUGCUUCAUAAAAUUGUGAUAAUUAUAAGGACUUUAUUUCCCUCUUUGUUCUUUCUGAUAAUGAGUCAAAGAGCUAAGUCAGGUAGAAAAGAAUAUUCAAAGCUGAAAACAUCUUGAAUUUAGUCAAUGGUAAAUUGUAUUUCUUACGUAGAUUAAGAGUGAAAAUUUGUCAUACCAUGUACAUAUUGUGUAAUCAAUGUUACUAUACAUUGCAUAAAUUUCAUUGGGUAGAAGCAUUACUUUGAUAUUGAUACUCAUGUCUUCCUUUUUUUUUGUGGGGGGGGGGGAGGGGUUAAAAUGAAUUAUACUAAGUAAAUGUUUGAAAAUGAAAUUUUGCAAAAUUAGAAGAUACUUGCUUGAAAAGAAAGUGAAAAUUAUCAUGGCAUGUAUGCAAAUUAUUGUAUAUGGAAAAUUUAGAAAAUCAUAAUUAUUAGAAAUUGUAUAUUAUUAAGCCAUGCUUAUAUGUCAGAAUUGCUUUUUGUGAUUUAAUUGCAGUUAAGGUCUACUUCCCAUUUCAUCUUCGCAAAUUAAAUUUCCAUCUUGCCUUAAUUUAGUAUUUUUUUUUUACAGCAUUUGAAGUAUAGUGAUUAUCUUAGAACAAAUUAUCAUUGUGAAAUUGAAAACAGUUUGUAACUGGUUAACCAUCAAGAAAAUACAUGUAUAAACACUGUUUGAAAUGCUGCAACUAUAAUCACAAGGCUUUAGCCUGCAUCCUUAGUUAGACCACAAAAAAAUCUUUUUGACUCAUGAUAGAAAUGUUGCAGACAGCAUGUUUU